ACAACACAUAGAUGUAGGUCAGUGCUUUGAACGGAUGUUUUUUAACAGUUAUCUGUCUUUAUUUCAUUGCGCAUGGCCCAGUCGUAAUUUUUUUCCUUUCUUCCGGUAACUUUUGGCUAAAGCUUAAGUCAUGGCUCCCAAAAGAAACAACAUUGUUCCCAAUGGCCACUUCCACAAGGAUUGGCAAGGUAUGGUCAAGACAUGGUUUAACCAGCCCAUGAGAAAGAAGCGAAGGAGGGCUGCCAGAGCUGCUAAAGCAGCCGCUAUUGCUCCAAGGCCUGUAGCUGGACUUCUGAGACCUAUUGUCCGAUGCCCAACUUUCAAAUACAACACUAAAGUGAGGCUUGGACGUGGAUUUACUUUGGAUGAAUUAAAGUCUGCUGGAAUCAACAAGAAAACUGCCAGAACUAUUGGUAUUGCUGUUGAUUACAGGAGGAGAAACCUUUCCAUUGAGUCACAGCAGCAAAAUGUGCAGAGAUUAAAGGAGUACAAGACUAAAUUAGUUAUUUUCCCUCGUAAAGAAGGCAAACCAGUUAAGGGUGAUGCUUCUCCUGAGGAAUUGAAGUUGGUGAAACAGUUGACUGGCUCAGUUAUCUUGCCUAUUCCCAGUGUCUUCAAACCUGAGAAAGCACGUGUCCCAACAGAAGAAGAGCGCAAACACAAUGCUUUUGUUGCCUUGCGCCAGGCUAGAAUUACUGCAAAGUUGGUUGGUGUCAGAGAGAAGAAGAAGAAGGAGGCAGAAGACAAGGAUAAAUAGAUUGUUUAAUUUAAAUAAAAAUAUUUUUGGGAACGAC